CACUGAGAAAGGAAAAGUAGUUACAACAUAGCUAAUUAAGAAAAGCUUUCUUAUCCAAUGGAGGUCUUAUCUCUUGUUGGAGGUUCUCUUUUAUCCACUACAUUUGACUUGCUACUCAAAAAGUUGGAUGGAUAUCUAAGUGGUCAACUACAGAAUUCAAAGGAGGAGGUACGUGUGCAAGUGGAGAGCUGGAAGACUCUUUUGCCCAAAAUCACUACUGUACUUCAACAUGCAGAAGAGAAUCAAGUCGCCAACCAAUUCGUGAAGUCAUGUUUUGAUGAUCUCAGGAACUUAGCUUAUGAUAUGGAGGACUUACUUGAAGAGUUUGUGAUUGAUGCCAAGAGGUCUGAAUUGAUUGUAAAAUCUAAAGCGAGCACUAGUAAGGGGCAGAAAGUCAAAUCCAGUCUUAAGAGUUUAUUUAGAUCUAAGGCCAAGCCCAAUGGACAAAUCAAUUCCAUGGUGAAUCAUUUGAAUGUUAGAUUACAAUGUAUUGAACAGGGGAUGCAUACUUUGGGCCUUUUCAAUUUGACCAUGAAAGCUGAAGACGUUUCUCACAAAGUAGCUGCCAAAAGAGCUCACGAGUCUACAAUUCUUGAAGAUCAUGUGUGUGGUCGAGAUAGUGAUAAGAAAGCUAUUCUUGAUAGGUUGCUAGAAGAUGGAGGUAGUCUUGAACAAGACUUUGUUAUUCCCAUUGUCAGAAUGGGUGGACUAGGCAAGACAACUCUUGCUCGACUCAUUUACAAUGACGAAAAACUGAAAGGCAGGUUUGACUUGAAGGCAUGGGUUUGUGUUUCUGAUGAGUUUGAUGUUGCUCGAAUAACAAGAAACAUUUUGGAACAUGUUACUAAGAAAAAGCAUGAUUUUGAAAAUUUUGCUUUGCUUCAAGAGAAAUUGAAAGUGGAGUUAUCUGGGCACACGUUUCUUCUUGUAUUAGAUGAUGUUUGGAAUAAGGAAUAUGGCCAGUGGGAUGUCUUGAAGAGACCUUCAUGUCAGGAGCUCCUGGAAGCAGAAUAAUUGUCACAACUCGAAAUAAGGAUGUUGGGAUGAU